AUGCGAGUGACAGAAUCUAAGAGCAGCUGUAUUUUUCAAUAUUACUGCGAGAAUCUGGUGGUAUCUGCACGAAUCUGGUGGUAUCUGCACGAAUCUGGUGGUAUCUGCACGAAUCUGGUGGUAUCUGCACGAAUCUGGUGGUGUCUGCACGAAUCUGGUGGUAUCUCCGAGAAUCCGGUGGUAUCUGCACGAUUCUGGUGGUAUCUGCGAGAAUCUGGUGGUAUCUGCACGAAUCCGGUGGUAUCUGCACGAAUCUGGUGGUAUCUCCGAGAAUCUGGUGGUAUCUGCACGAAUCUGGUGGUAUCUGCACGAAUCUGGUGGUAUCUCCGAGAAUCCGGUGGUAUCUGCACGAUUCUGGCGGUAUCUCCGAGAAUCUGGUGGUAUCUGCACGAAUCCGGUGGUAUCUGCACGAAUCUGGUGGUAUCUCCGAGAAUCUGGUGGUAUCUACGAGAAUCUGGUGGUAUCUGCACGAUUCUGGUGCUAUCUGCGAGAAUCGGGCGGUGUCUUCGAGAAUCUGGUCAAUCGCUGGAUCAACUCAAUCGGCGCAAGGGUUGA